CUCCUUCUUCUUCUUCUCAUCUUUCUAUUUAUAAUAACUUCUCUCAUUCAAAUUCAAACAAAAAAGAAAUCAUAAUUUAUCAUGUCUUCUUUGUACUCAUAUCCAUCUUAUUCAAAUUCCAACCCUUCAAACAUUUCUUCUCCUUUUUCAUUUAUAAAGCUUAAAGAUUUCUUCACCCCUGCUAUUAUUGUUAUUAUUGGCAAUGUCUGCUCUGCAAUUUUCACCUUUUUCUUUGCAUUGGUUGGAACUUUACUAGGAGCAAUGACUGGAGCCUUGAUAGGUCAAGAAACUGAGAGUGGUUUUGCUAGAGGGGCUGCGGUUGGAGCCAUUACUGGUGCUGUUUUUUCUAUUGAAGUUUUCGAAUCUUCGCUUAAUUUGUGGAAAACAGAUGAAUCUGGGACUGGUUGUAUUCUAUACUUGAUUGAUGUCAUUGUAAGCUUGAUAAGCGGUAGACUUGUUCGUGAACGUAUUGGUCCAGCAAUGUUAAGUGCAGUUCAAAGUCAGAUGGGAGCUAUUGAAACGAGCUUUGAUGAUCUUCAUAGCAUAUUCGACAUUGGUGGUUCUAAAGGAUUGCCUGAAUAUUCUGUUGAAAAAAUACCCAAAAUCAAAAUUACCAACAGAAAUGAUGUGGAUGAUUCGGGGGAGAGAGUCUCUUGCUCGGUGUGCCUUCAGGAUUUUCAACUUGGAGAAACAGCAAGAAGUUUGCCACAAUGUCAUCACAUGUUUCACCUACCAUGUAUUGAUAAAUGGCUGGUGAGACAUGGGUCUUGUCCAUUAUGUAGAAGGGAUCUUUAAAGAUUCUUUUUUUUUUUCAUCUUCUUUUUCUAAUAUGACCCCAUGGUUGCUUUAACUAACUUGAAAUAACCCUAAGUUUUAGUAUGAUAUAUGUAUGUAUGUAUCUAUAAUGUAUUAUGUGUAUAAUGAUACAACUGAGGGUCAAUAUUACUGAUUUGUAUAUAACAUUAUAACGUAUAGUUUCAAUGUAUAUAUGAUAUAUCUUGCUAGUUC